UCCACUCUCUUAAAAGAAGAAAGCGAACGGAAAAGCUACCUUUUAAAAAAAAAAAAACGAUGGGCGAGUUUCAAGAAGCCGACGUGAUCUGGGCCGACCACUCCAUCGACGAUACCUGCCGUCCGAUCUCCUCCGUCUCCUCAAAGUCUCCCCACCGAAGCUCCAAGCACCAACGGAAAGAGUCGUCGCCUGUAAGAAUACCAGCUGAACGUCGCACGUGGAAGCUGGAUUUCGUGCGGGGAGAAUCCAACUCCAACGAGGACACGUUUGAAGACGAUGAGGGAGAGAUGGUGCCGCCUCACGUGACCGUGGCUAGAAGAAUAGCGGGACAGAUGGCUUUCUCUGUCUGCACCGGCAAUGGGCGGACUCUCAAAGGACGGGAUCUGAGCCAAGUCCGGAAUUCGGUACUCCGAAUGACAGGUUUCUUAGAGGGAUGACAUACACAGAAACUUCCGUGUAUAAUACAAUCGGAAUUACCUUUUUAUUUAAUUCCUUAUAAUUUAACCGGAAUUGUAAUAAUACGCAUGGAGCGCACUACGCA